AUGGUCGUUAUCGAUAAAGAGACUAGAUACGACAGACAGCUACGGUUAUGGGCAACUGCUGGACAGUCAAGAUUAGAGCACUCCCACAUUUGCCUCUUGAAUGCUACCCCAACCGGUUCGGAAAUAUUAAAAAACUUAAUUCUACCCGGAAUAGGUAAGUUUACCAUUAUUGACAAUAGAUUAGUUACUCAAGUGGAUUUACUGAGUAACUUCUUCUUGAAACGAGAGGAUUUAGGUACCCCCAUAGCUAGUGCAAUCCAACACAACUUAAGCGAGUUGAACCAAGAAGCUCAGGGCUCGUCUAUUAUAAAGUCAAUUGAACAAAUUUUUGCUGAACCCGACACUUUUUGGGGUCAAUUCAGCGUCGUGAUUGUGAGCGAUUAUAUCCCUCAUUUGAAACGACUUAUUGACAUCCUUUGGUCGCGUGAAAUUCCACUUUUAAUCGUCAACUCCGUGGGGUUUUACGGAUCCCUAAACUUGAUAGCCACAGAAAUAAAUGUUAUUGAGACCCAUGAUCCGUCAAAAUUAUAUGAUUUACGAAUCGAUAAACCUUGGCCGGAGUUACAAGAAUUUUCUGAUUCGUUUGAUCUAGAUAAAUUGGAUGACACCGAACAUGCCCAUGUUCCUUACAUUGUUAUAUUCAUCAAAGCUUUAAAACAAUGGAAAAUAAAGCAUAAUGGCCAACCACCAAUUACAUAUCAAGAGAAAACCAUGUUUAGAAAUCUCAUUCAGUCAAUGCUGAGAAAUAUUCAAUUGGAAACCAAUUUCAUUGAAGCUUACAAUUCCUACCAUCGGGCAUUCCAGAAAACGGAAAUCCCUGAUUCAAUUAAAUCAUUAUUAUUCACUUCGCAAGAACGUAAACUAACACCAACAACAUCUAUAUUCUGGGUUUAUGUUGCUGCUUUACACAAAUUUGUUUCCCAUAAUAAUGGCCAAUUACCACUACCGGGAAAGUUACCAGAUAUGGCCCUGGAUACCAAUAAUUAUAUUAAAUUGCAAAAAAUAUACCAUAAAAAGGCUUUACAAGAUCAAGAAUUAUUUGCUAAUGAAGUUUACUCGAUUUUGGAUACUUUGCGAAGACCCAGGGAAGAAAUUUCCCGAGAAUCCAUUGCUACUUUUUGUAAGAAUGUUCAAUUAUUAUAUGUCACCAUUGGAUCGAAAUACUUAAGCAAUGAUAAGUUAGUUGAAGAGCUAUUCCGUGAUGGCGAUAGUACCAGCUCCCUUGCUGUUUAUUUCGGUGUCUUGACCUUCAAUCAUUUUGUUGACCAAUACAAAAGAUUCCCCAAGAUUGAUGAUCUUCCCCAAUUUAUUCAUCUUUUCACCAAGAUGUUCGGCCAAGCCAAUCCAUUACCUCAGUCGAUUGCAAACGUGUUUCAGGAGAUUUUACUGCAUAACACUCGGAAUUACCAUAAUUUAUGUAGCUUAAUGGGUGGAAUUGCUAGUCAAGAAGUGUUGAAAUUGACCACGUCUCAGUAUAUCCCCUUGGAUAACUUAUUUAUUUUUGAUGGAGUCAAAUCUACCAGUGAAAGGUUUAAGAUUGAUCCAUUGUAA